CAACCGAUUCGUGCCAGUCCUAGCACAACCCUCCAAGAAAGGCAGUGCGAGUACUGAAUCAAAUGCUGCGAAAUUGUAGCCCAUGCUGACGAUGCCGGACGAUGGCAAGCCAAACCGUGUCUAGGGUAGGCUAGAGGACAUUCCAUUUUAAACUGAAGGAAUGUGCCAUAUCGCAGGCAUGUCUCUCUAAAUUCGUAGAAAGUGUCAACGAAGGCUUACGAAGUUACGCGCUAAAUUGUAGAGAUCAGUUUUGAGCCAGCAUUGCAGCCGUGCAGCACAGCGCAAUGGAUAUGUAUGAAUGAGAGACGGGUUAGAGUGCCCUAUCCUAUGUCAUUUUCUAGGAAACUAGAGGGAUCUAGCUAGCUAUCUUUAAUUACUCAAACAUCAUUGAGAGGUGCCGUGUCAGACUUCUGGUACUCGAAACAUUCCGUGGAUUUAAGUUGUUCAGUCCAUUACCAAAAGACGACGAACACUGCGAGGCUAUAAAAUACCCGAAAACAGGAGACCUCGUUGAAACCUAGAGAAACAUGUGAAGACCCCGGUGAAGCAUCAAACGGAAAGUUAGCAUUCAGCAACGCAAAGGGGAAGGUAGCCGCCCUCCUGCCAACCUCCCUCUCCUCCUCCCAUCUCUCUGUUUCGUCUGCUGUUGCCUUGCAGGCCCCGUGAGCCAUGGAAGGCUGGCGGGUGGCACGCAGGACAUUCUCACCAGGCCCUGCAGGGGGCGCCAUGCUGGUGCUGCUGGUCUGCUGGCUCCUAGCGUACUCCGCCGUGUGCAGCAGCCAGACCUUCACCAGCUUCCACCCUGAGAGGCGGGAGUGGGCCUUUAAUCACCUGACGGUUCAUCAGAAUACCGGGGCACUGUACAUCGGCGCUGUCAACCGCGUCUACAAGCUGUCAGGUAACCUCACCCUGCUGGUGUCCCACGACACGGGCCCCGAGGACGACAACAAGGCCUGCUACCCCCCGCUGAUCGUCCAGCCCUGCUCCGAGCCCCUGGUCUCCACCAACAACGUCAACAAGCUGCUGCUCAUCGACUACUCCCAGAACCGGCUGCUGGCGUGCGGUAGUCUGUACCAGGGCGUGUGCAAGCUGCUGAGGCUGGACGACCUGUUCAUCUUGGUGGAGCCGUCCCACAAGAAGGAGCACUACCUCUCCAGCGUCAACCAGACAGGCACCAUGUACGGGGUGAUCGUGCCCUCCACCCAGGGCCAGGACGGGACCCUGUUCAUCGGGACGGCCGUGGACGGGAAACAGGACUACUUCCCCACCAUCUCCAGCCGCAAGCUCCCCCGCGACCCCGAGUCGUCCUCCAUGCUGGACUACGAGCUGCACACAGACUUUGUGUCGUCGCUCAUCAAGAUCCCGUCCGACACGCUGGCGCUCGUCUCCCACUUCGACAUCUACUACGUCUACGGCUUCGCCAGCGGCGCCUUCGUCUACUUCCUGACCGUGCAGCCCGAGACGCCCGAGAACAGCAUGUCGUCGGGCGGCUCCUCCGCCGACCUCUUCUACACCUCGCGCAUUGUGCGCCUCUGCAAGGACGACAGGAAGUUCCACUCGUACGUGUCGCUGCCGGUGGGCUGCGUCAAGAACGGCGUGGAGUACCGGCUGCUGCAGGCUGCCUACCUGGCCAAGCCGGGGAGCGUGCUGGCCGCCGCGCUCAACAUCAGCGCCCAGGACGACGUGCUGUUCACCGUCUUCUCCAAGGGCCAGAAGCAGUACCACCGCCCGCCCGAUGAUUCGGCGCUCUGCGUACUCACCAUUCGUGACAUCAACGCCCGCAUCAAGGAGCGCCUGCAGUCCUGCUACCAGGGCGAGGGCAACCUGGAGCUCAACUGGCUGCUGGGGAAGGAUGUGCAGUGCACUAAGGCGCCCGUACCCAUCGAUGACUCCUUCUGUGGGCUGGACAUCAACCAGCCCCUUGGGGGCUCCCAGCUGGUCACGGGCCACCCCCUCUACACGGAGACCCGCGACCGCAUGACCUCCGUCACCUCCUACGUCUACAACGGCUACUGCGUGGCCUUCGUGGGGACCAAGAGCGGCCGCCUCAAGAAGGUCAGUCGACAGCGCCACAACUAGAACACAGCACUUCAGUAACGUCGUCCAUCUUGCUGCUCUGGCAGAUGUCCGCUCAGCGCUUCUGGAGCCCUGCAGACUGUGUGGGCAGUCCACACGGCCCCCCAGGGGCCAUACAGUGUUAAAACGCUCCUAUUCCUGGACGUAUGGACCCCAGUCACGGCGAUCAACGCCAUGUCUCCGUGUUUAACGCCUGUGGUGGGGGUGGGGGUGGUCGGCAGGGUGCUUCCUCUGGAGUGGUUGUUAUAUGUAACCUGUGUUGAGUGCCCCAGUGUCGCAGUGCUGAAUCACCUUCGCUGGCCCAUUAGUUUUAAUGGGCACCUUGCUACCUGGCGCACAGUGAGGGGCUGGAGAGAGCAGGCCCACGCGAAGCCUUUGCAGAGCAGAGCUGGGGAGCACCAAUGCUGGGUUAAGGGCUGCCAGCCAGCUCAUAAUGACAGAUUUCACAGCUCCGCCACAAAAAACAAGGUGGCAUGAAAGCACCUAUGAGGAGGUCAUUAGAGCCAGUCUAGAGUGGCCUGAUUGGCUCGCUGAGCAGGGUGCCUUGCAGGGGAAGUAACUAGUGAUUGGCAGGAAGGGAUCACCUGACAUAAUCAACAAUCACGUUCAACAAGGCUGAUGUGUACAUUUGUGCCGCCAACUAUUGGAUAUUUUGACUGUUUGUUGGUUUUUGACAGCUGUUGGUUGUCAUGUGAUUCUUUUCCCUACAAACACAAACACACACACAAACAUGCACACACACAAGCCCCCAGAGCUGGCAUGACCAAGCUUUAGUUUUUUCCACCCUGUGGGAAACGACACAAUCGGCCCUAAUUCAUUUAGGUUCUCCUGCAUUCAUUUCUCCAUAAUCAGAACGUUGCACAGGAACAGGGGAGGUUCAUUCUGCAUGAUCUUCUUGUUUCAACCAGUUAAUAAUUUAGUGCACGGCUCUAAGUGGUUGAAUGAAAUGAGACAGAGAACAUCAUUCUCCCCACUCUGCAGCCUCAGCAUGCACAUAUCUCUUAUCUCCAGCCUCCUACCCUCACACUCUCUGCCUGUUACAUUCCCUACCUCCGUCUCCAAUCUCCUGCUCCAUGCAUGGAGAUCCCAUGCAAAGUGGCCCUGUGUGCUGGGGCCUCCUCCCUGCUUCCUGCUCAUGGGCCGCGGCUGUAACCACAGUAACGCUAGCAUGGGGGAGGAAUUAACCCGGAUAUCAGGAGCGCACCGAGAGACACGGCGCCACGCUCCAGCGCCCAGCUCACAGCGCCCAGCCCCGGCGCCAAGCCCUGGAAGAAAAGUCCGGAAGUCCACUCAGCUGAGGAGCUGAUCCGUACAUGACAAUGGCAGAGGAGAGGAUGAUGUUGUUUUGUCCCUGGUUGGGUGUGGGUGUGUGCGUGUGGAUGUGUGUGUGUGUGAGUGGGUGUGUGUGUGGGUGUGUGCCAGGACAUGUCAGGGUAGCCGUGUCCGUCCGUCCGUCUGUCUGUCUGUGUCAUAGGAGCAGCAAGCAGGCUGGAGCAGAGCGUGACAGGGAGGGCUAUAUGGUGACAGGAGCCUAUAGGAUGUGACACUUGUAACAGCAGGUGACAUGGCGGAGAGAUGUCACUGGAGCUUCCUCACGGUAGAGGCUGUGUGUCUUACACCUCCCCCACCCAGAGGGAGGGAGAGGGACACAGAGGGAAGGAGACCAGGAAAGAGAGAGAGACAUAGAAAGAGGGAGACAGAGAAAAAGGAACACAAAAAAUAGAAAAAGCAGAGGGAGGAAGAGACUGUUGAAAUGUGAAUUUAGUGCACCCAAAGAAACCAGGCCUGCACCGCUGCCUGUAAUUGGAUUGGCUCCCUUCCCGAAAACCACUCCCCCCCCUCCCCCCCGCCCCCCCCAACUCUCACACACUCCCAUCCCCCUACCGCAUCCCCAUUCAAUCCACA